AUGGCGUUCUACAUCGCCCUGGACAGCCCCGUGGUGCUGGCGACCACCCUGCUGUGCUUGCUGGUCUACCUCCACACACGGAUGGAGCCCUCCGCCUUGAGCCGCUACUAUGCCUGGCUCCCUUGGCGGGCAACUUCCCUGUCCAGCCCUCUUACUGCCUGGCGGCUUUUCAGCCAUUCCCUCGGCCAUGGAGGCUGGGACCACCUCCAGCACAAUCUCAUGCUGCUCUGCUUAGUGGGGCCGCCUUGUGAGCGGCACUAUGGCUCCACGGCCGUAUUCCGUGUGCUUAUCUGCUGCAGCGUGGCGGUGGCCAUCAGCCACUGGACUCUUGGCCCGCGCAACGCGCAGAUCUUCGGCCUAUCCGGAAAUGUCUUUGCGCUGAUCACUCUGAAUGGCUUCGCUGGGUUCACUGGUGGCCGCAAGGCCGUGCCUGCCACGGCUCUGCUGACCAUGGUGUUGUGGCUUGCAGGUGAGAUCGGUCCGCUUCUCCAUGGAAAAGCAGAUGGCAUCUCGCAUGCUUCGCAUCUGGUGGGUGCCCUCUUCGGCAGCUACUGUGGCUACGCAGUAGGCCAAGUGCCGUCGCGCCGCAGCGCGUUCCAGGAGUGGCUGGAAUGCCUCGGCUGGGGACGGCGAAGCACGAGAGCAUCCGCCUCGUCUUUCCGGAGCCUGACGCAAGAUUUCGGCCUCUGGCUCCAGGGGAAAUCGAAACGGUAA